UGCUGCCGCUCAAGUGUUGCAUGCUGAAGAGUGCCGACACUCCGUGAGAGAGCCUUGGCCCCGAUACGGUGAAGGUUUGAUCUGCGCUUGAAAACGAGGGGAAAUGGAGAUGAAGAUAAGAGUGUGCCAAGGGGUUACUGGCAUCAUCAUCAUCACCAUGGCUACCAGCUUUAUGUUGGUGUACAACAACAGCUCUGGUGACAGAUCAUCUUCCUCCUCAUCAUCAGCUUUGCACCAUUUACAUGUUCCUGUUUCAUCCAUAAAAAAGCCAGAGAGACCACAAAGACCAUCAACAACACUUGAGGGGUACACAGGUGUCAUGGAUCAUAAGCCUCUGAAGAUGCACUGCACAACCUGUGCCCUGGUGACCAGCUCCGGCCAGCUGACUGGGGGCAAGAGGGGUGAAGAAAUCGACCGCUCGGAGUGUGUCAUCCGUAUGAAUGAUGCUCCCAGCGUAGACUAUCAGCAGGAUGUUGGCUGGCGCACGAGCCUGCGUGUCAUAGCUCAUUCCAGCCUGCAGAGAGGACUGCGGAGGCGCCAGGAGCUGCUCAACACAAGCCAAGACACAGUGUUCAUCUUCUGGGGACCAAGCAGCUGCAUGAGGCGUGAUGGAAAAGGCCAGGUUUACAACAAUCUCAGGCUUUUAAACCAGCUACUGCCCAAACUUAGAGUCUACAUUAUUUCCUGGAUCGAGAUGAUGAAGUUUGAUGAACUAUUUAAAAAGGAAACAGGGAUUGACAGGAAGAGCUCCAACUCCUGGCUGAGUACCGGCUGGUUCACCAUGGCUAUAGCCCUGGAGCUGUGUGACAGGAUCAACGUGUAUGGCAUGGUGCCUCCACAUUUCUGCAGAUCCUCCUCCCAUCCCUCUGUGCCAUAUCAUUACUAUGAGCCCUCUGGGCCCACCGAGUGCUCCAUGUAUCUCUCCCAUGAGAGAAGCCAACAAGGAAGCCACCACCGCUUUAUCACAGAGAAGACAGUGUUUGCAAACUGGGCUCGAACCCUCAACAUUCACUUUUACCAACCAGACUGGAAGCCCGCUGCUGUCAUCCCCAGCAUGAACAGCUCAAUCGCUCAAGCUCGAGCUGGAGCCUGAGUCUUACUCCAGACACAAUUCCAAGAAGUGCAGGAUAUGUGUGCUGACAGUUUACAGUGUGCACAUUCCCUCUCUAGCCAAUAUGAAUACAAUAGAGAGCAGCAGGACAGAGCAAGCUGCUGUUGUGGCUCCUAGCCGGCUGCCCAAGCAACUGGGCAGAAUGGGAUCAAGGCAUAAUAGCAGCACAAAACCUCAAUAAUGUUUUUGAAGUGUAGUUAUGAUAGGAUGAAUUUCAUACUGGGAUCAAAACAAUGGAGGCUGACUUCACUGCAUUUUUCUAAACAGAGCUGCUUUAAUAAGGCUAGAGCUGUCAGAGAGGAGACAGGCGAGACAGUGGAGCACUGCAAUAGCUGCAGGAUGAUGGAUCCAUUUUCAUAAAUUAAAACAGAAUACAAAAUCAUUGAGGAUGCCGAGGUUAUGUCCUCAGUACUGUUUCUGGAACUGUGGGGUUAUAAUCACCUGAACAGGUGUUUACAUUUUACAAUUAGCCACAAAUAAUGGCUACAGUGUUUUUUCAAAGUUGAAUAUUUUAUCAUUUCUUGCUAUUUUUAUCUUUAAGAUUUUUUCUGUUUCAACAAAACAACAUUAAAAUGCAUACAACAAAACAACAGAGGAACAUGUGCAACACACAAUUGUCAGUGAUAGAACAGGCCCAUCAUAUUGCAGUGUACAAAGGCAUACUGUAGGACAGUUUGGCUUGUUUUGAUAAAAGACUUAACAUGCACAUGGCAUGCUUGUUUUGCUUGUUUCUAGCCAUUUAAUGUUUAAUCUUGGGUACCU